GAGACCAGAAACAAGCUCUUUCUCACGUACAUCGAGAACAAUCGCAACACCCAAGCGGUGGAGGCCAAGUUCAAGGCCAUGCUGGUUGAGAGCACCAAAACGUCUUUGCGGUAUGGCUUUCGGAAUGAAAUCUGGCUCCGAAAGCAUCAUUGGGACCGCAAAGCCGAGUCCAUCAUGAAGCGUAAGAAGGAGUUGGGAUUGACUAUCCCGGACCCGGAGUGUCCAGGAGAGCCUGAUGAGGUGCUUUUCUGGGUCAUGGUGGAAUUCAACUUGGAUGACAUCAAGGAGUUGCGAAGGGUUCAUGUGGAUUCACCCCUGGAGAAGGCUGAGACCUUGUUGGGAAAGGUCCUGAAGGACAUCAACACUUGCAGGGAAUUGGCCUUCAAAUUGCGGCCCCUUUCGCUUUCCAAUGACCUGAUGAACCAAUUGGAAGCAUGCGCGGCAUCCCUCUCCCGGCAAGCGGAGCUGCUCCAGGGCAAGAUUAAGAGCAAAUGCAAUAAGAACCGCCACUACAAGGACAUCAUUUCAGAGGUGACAGAACUAACAGAGAUCGCGAAGGAGCGUGGUGAUCUUGCUAAGGCGUUGAUCCGUGCUUCUGCCAAAUCGGCGAAGCCGGCAGUCAAGAGAUCGGACAAGGCUGAUAAAGUCUGA